UUUUUGCCCGUCGACAGGGGCAUUCUCGGUAAUCGCCCCGUUAGCCGCAGAACAGGACGAGAGGGGAAUAGGGUUUGCUCGCCGCCGCCCGCCGGAGCAGGAAGAGACCGCUCGCUCCGCUCCCCAUCGCCGCGAGCGGGAUGAAGAGCUUCCCGGUGGCCGGAGGCUGCAGCGUCUCCCUCGCCCUCUACUCCGACGUCUCCAACAGCCGGGUGCUGCUCGACUUGAUGCAGUCAGGGAAGCUGGAACCGGAGGUCGCGUUCCUCAACGCAUCACUGGUGCCGGAUGUGUUCCCUGUUCUUGCAGCGGCGCACAAGGCGCUGCUGUCGAAGGCGAGGGAGUCACUGACCACAAGGACUCUGCACUCUGAGCUCGUCUACAACUACUCCGGGUCGAAGCAUAUUACGGAAUCCCUGAAACGAUGCGGGAUCUCUGAUGACACGACAUACAUCCUUGCAGCUCGUUUUGAUGCUUCAGACGAGGAGAUGAAAGCAGUGGAGAAACUCAUCAGUGGCACCGAGAUCGAUUUAGGAGAACUGGAAAGUAGAGCAAACCAGCCACAGAUCCUAAAGCAUUACAAGAUACCUCCCCAAGAACUAUUGAUAUCUACACUGCCCGACGCAAUUGUAUGCAGGAUUGCUGCUCGAGAUGCUCUCUGAGGCCUCAACGAUUAUUGUGACGAUCCCAGCACUGAAGUUUGAGCUCGAUCUCUGCGCCUUGGCCUUCAUAAGCUAAUUUAGUUUGGAGAAACGAGAGAUGUGUCAGCUCUCAACCACAUGGACGACUGCACAGCUAGAGUGAUGCCAUUUUAUUCACAUUCCUGAAAGCAACCUGUAAGCAUGUCGUUCUAUUGUUUCCUCCCCCCUUCCUGUAAACUGAGCUGCCACUGCCUGCAAGCAAAAGUUGUGUAUUUGUUCUCUC